AUGGUGGUGGUUUUUGGGAAUCGGUGUGAUAACAAGAACCAUGUUGAACUUUUUGAUCCUAACGAUCAUUCCAAAUUUGAGUGCUGGCCAGUACCUACAUGUCAAGAGGGACAGGAACCAUCUGUAAAGCCGGGGUCGGUGCAUCCAAAGGCAACAGAUGUCUCCUGUAUACCUUGUGGUCAUGGUUGGUUUUCCAAUCAUGACACUAACUUCAGAUGCCAGAAGUGUACAUCGUGUGGUAACAAGGAUGUUCGUGUAAACUGCUCGAUUUAUAGAGAUGCUGUUUGCUCAAAGAGUUGUAAAUCAAACACACAUUAUUUUAAUGAAACUGACGGUCAGUGCUACACUUGCACUGAAUGUUGUGGGAAAGACAUGUCAAACAUUGAACCACAUUGUUUAUUAGGAAAUUUGCGUGUCGGUUCAGUGAUUGGACAACAGGGAGAACUGCAUUGCAAAGUGUUAUUGUCUCAAAAAUGCGAUGAACCGUCAGAAAAUGUGUCAACUAAUAUUUCCUCUGUUAUUAAUAUAAGUAACGUUGGUGUGUUGGAGAGAAACUGUAGUAGGCCAGAGAACAAUGUCACAUUGCCAUCUACUGACAGCUAUCCUAGUACCUCAAGAGAGACACCUACAUGUAGAUGCAGUUGGAACUCACUUCCCCACAUUCUACUCAUAUGUGGCUCAAUUUUAGGGGCGGUAAUUCUGUUUUUUCUUUAUAUAAGAGAACGAAAUCGAAGAUUUUCCAGAAAUAGUUACCAGUAUCUUUCAUCUUUGGUGAGCUGCUGUCCAUGCAUGAACUCUUGCUUCCCAGGUUUGUCAGGUAUGUGUGUGGAGGAACUUAAGUAAUAUAUCCAUAAUUAAUUUAUAAUUCAGGGUUUGAGCCAGGCCGCGCCAUUGCGCCAAUCCCGCACUGCAAUUGGAAUUGUCCCUUUAAGAAACGGCCAAGGGGACAAUUUGUCCCCUUCAAAUUUUAGGGAAAAAACUUGAAAGGAAGCACACACGAAGAGAUUUAUUUCAGUACAGAAAUUGCAAGCUGAAACAGAACGUGGAAGUAUAUUUUAUCGCACCUUUAAAGUUCAUUCCAAAGUGCUGUUACGUUUCAGUCAAGCUCUACUGCUAUUUGCUGAUUCUUCGCGCGGUCGCGGAGCCGCGAAAUUCACAAAAACACGAAAAAUACCACGAAAUUCAGUAGAAAUCUUAUCAAAUACAUGUCUGUACAACAUAUUUGAAACUUAUUUCAGCUAUAGGGGCUAUUUACUUGCCGUAAACUUGCAAAUUUAUCUUGGAACUUCGUCACUGAAACGUUCUAACAGAUUGUGUUGCGAAAAACUGGGCACUAGCCAUGAUGUUAAAGGCUUUGCCAUUGGUUCAUUUCUGGAGCGUAUUUUUGUUGAAAGAGCAAAUGAUGACCUCUGUUAGAAAAACGUUAAAAAGGCUGGUCUGAUCAGCGCAAAACCGAUCGAUUUCUAGCGAAAUUUGCCUUGAAAAUAACCACAAAAUCGGCCGUUUUUUACCGAUUGCUUUUCGGUGAAGUUUGCCCCGAAAACACCUGCAAAAUCGGCCGAUUUUUCCGCGAAUUUGUCCCUAAAAAUCCCGCAAAAUUUGACUUUUUCUUCCGAGACCUAUUAGAAGCCCUGCUAAGAAGACAAACCCCUUUGCAUCAGCAGAAGGGUGUACAAAUUUCUGUCCCCCUAAAAAUGAAAAUGUCCCCCAAAAUUUUAGCCAAGGGGACAAAUUGUCCCCCAGUGAUCAAAUCCUAGCUCAAACCCUGAUAAUUUGCUAGAAAUAAUACUUUACUAACAGAAAAAUUCAUUGGUUGGCUCUGCCUCCAGAACCUUUGAGAUUCUUGGGAAACAGAAUUAACUGUUUCCCUUAGGAUCAGUCUUUAAGGUCAAUCAUUGUUCAAUAACGGAAUUAUUAUGUGGCCAGAAAGAGAACUUUUUCUUCCAGGACCAACGCGGGAAAUUCGGAGCGGGCAAGGAAGAAUUGGGCUUAUUUCACCUACUCAGGUAGCCAAUCACAACACAGUCAUGAUUCCCUUCAUCUUGUCCACUUAUGGAUUCAGCCAUUUAAUAAAUCAGCUUCUUAGGGGAUUCUUGGGGCAUUCUUUACCCUGGAAGGUGGAUGUAGGGGUGGGUUUUACAAGAACCAUUUAAAAAUAAUUCUUGUAUUAGACUUUAUUGCUUGAUUCAAGGUCUUGACUUUUUCCCACAAAUUUGGUAAUAUAGGUCCUGGAUGUAGUGCUGACUGUGAGAGGGCCAUCCUGGAAAGAAAAACCUUUGAGGAAGAACUGAAGUGCAUUCCAGAGGGUGUGUGUCAAUUAGUGUUUAUAACUGAACAUCAAUAUUUUAAUUGUCCUUGUACAUGUAGAGCCAGGCAUAAUAGAUUAAGCUCAAACUUGCUAUGUUUUGAUAAUGUUCCGUUCACUUUCUGCCUGCAGAAAUGUUAUAGUUUUUUUUUAUGCACUGUAACUAAUACCCACCAAUCACCAAUGAAACUUGUCAGGUACUCAAUGCUCAGAGAAGUCAACCUUUUUCUCCCCCAAAAUUGAAAAAGAGAAAGAUAGAUUCUGCCAAAACGUAAAUUUUAAAAAUUUAAUCUGAAGAACUUGAGCAUACAUUUUCAAGUUUGAGGAAGAUGAUUAAAUUCAAUCAGUGACACAUUUGGCUCAGAGCAUGAAAAAAUCCUAGUAUUCCCAAUACUUUACACAAGAUUGGUCCAUGUGCAAAUUAUUGUCAUUUCUUCAUUGCUUAUAAGAUGAUGAUUGGUGACUGAUAAUAUGUAAAUCAAAAUUUGACUAUCAUCCCCAUCUACAUGUAUCCCUUGAUGGGUGUCACUCACCUGCAGUAUUUUCACUUUCUCUCUCCAACCUCCACAAAAUUAAUAACCUUAUUCAUACCGCACCAAUGUCUUACUCCCAUUUGGCCUAAUCAGCGAGUCCAGGAGCAGUACCUGUAGAUUACUGUAAUCUUGAGGUUGUGGGUUUGAUUUCCACCAAACAGUUUGCUUUUGGCUUUUAAAAUGGGUCUUCUCUAGCAAUUCAAUUUUCACUUCAUGGUCAUUGUCAUUAUUUCAUCAUGGCCACCUAAGGACUGUUUUCUGUGAAUUAUCCUUCUAAAGGAGGAAAUUAAUAUUGCCUAAAAUUUUUCUAUAGCUGUCCAGAGUACAGCUAAAAAAUUCUAGAUGACCAUUCCACUCAUGUACGAUUUUCAAAGCUUGUCUAAUAAAUUACCUUUGUUUUUCUGAUGUUGAAGGUUUCUUAUUCUUUCACUUCUCGGGUUUAGUUAUCACUUUUACAAAAAGGAAACUUCAUAAUCUAAGUAAAAGGCUUAAAAUUUGGAACUACGCUUACUGAAAUUCUGCUACAUUACAUCUGCUAGUUAAAGUGUUUUUGAUUUUGUAGUGAUUGUUGAGCUCUUUUUUUAUCGGCUUUUCUCUGUUUGCAGGAGUGAAAAUUGAUGACAUAGAUUAUGAUGUUGAGUUGAUCAUUGUGAGCGGGUUGGAUGAAAAUAAGGCACAGGCCAAAAACUGGUAUGAUGUAGGGCGGAAGCUUGGACUUUCUAGAAGUGACCUCAACCAUAUAAAGAGAGAAGACCUCCGACAAGGGGGAAGUCCAACAGAGAUGUUAAUUUAUAAACUAGGUACUCUAAAAAGUGUUGUUACUGCAAGAUGUUUUGUUCAUGCGCUGCAUUACUUAGGGCGACAUGACAUUGUAAACCGUGUCUUUGACUUCUAUAGAAAUCAAGAACUCACCAGCUGUGUGUAA